UCUGAAGCAGCAUCAGAGGUCCAUCUACAAGGGAAUGUCAUGCAACAGCAACUCACGGCUGAAUCGGGAUCCAAGCAGCAGUGAGGUGACAAAAAGUGAUUCAUCCUGUGCAGCCUUGAGGAUUAACACUUUGUCUUCAAUUUAAUUCCAGCUGGAGAAACUUUACGCAAACUACGACUGAUUCUCCAAAAUGCAGAUCUGGAGAGGGCAUGGUCGGUGAACUGUGAUUACUGCUCCCAGGAAUCAGAAGUCCUUCUUGGUAGUUUGCGUUUUUCGGGUGAGAAAUCUGGGCAGAGGCUUCGAAGAACCACAGCUGGUUUUGUCACGCAGAUACUCAACAGCUGUUGCUUCUGCCACCUCGACUUAAAGAGGAAAAAAAAAGCUACAGGAUGCAGAACUCGAACAAUCCUGACAAACUUGUUUGCAUAAAAGUGCUCUGUUCUUAGCAACUGGUGAGGAUGAGAGAUGCCGUGGCGACCUACCUGUAUUUGAUAAGUGUGUUUUUCACCUCGUUGGAGAGGAGAGCGCAGAGGGAAAAAGUGUGCAGGAGUGAGCAGGGGAGGGGAGAGCCAGCCGGGAAAGGUGCGAGGCAAACGCUUUGAGAGGAAAAAUGACUCGCACCGCGGGGAGAAGAGACUGAACGAUCGCUGCCAGACAGAAGGAGGAGGGAGGGAAAAAAAUUCAGACUUGGUCAAACGCCCAUUUUGUUCUGGAGCGCCGCGGCUGCCAACUUGAUGGGGACACAAAGAGGAGACUGCCUACUAUUAAGGAAAAACUAAUAACAGAAGACAAUGGAUGUCCACAACAGCACUUUACGCAAUGCGACAGUUCCCUACAGCCUCUUGGAGGUCAUAGCCAUCGCUACAGUGUCAGCCAUCGUCAGUCUGAUAACUAUAGUUGGAAACAUACUGGUGUUGCUCUCAUUCAAAGUAAAUAGCCAGCUUAAGACUGUAAACAACUACUACCUGCUUAGUUUGGCCUUUGCUGACCUCAUCAUAGGAGUGCUGUCCAUGAACUUGUACACCAUGUACAUACUGAUGGGCUAUUGGUCCUUGGGGAACAUUGCCUGUGACCUCUGGCUGGCAGUGGAUUAUGUGGCCAGCAAUGCCUCAGUCAUGAACUUGCUUGUGAUCAGCUUUGACAGAUACUUCUCCAUCACAAGGCCACUGACUUACAGGGCAAAGAGGACACCGAAGAGAGCCGCCAUUAUGAUUGGACUAGCUUGGCUGGUGUCUUUUGUCCUUUGGGCGCCACCCAUUCUAUGCUGGCAGUACUUUGUAGGAAGGAGAACAGUUCCUCAUGACGAGUGCGAAAUCCAGUUUUUAACCGAGCCUGUGAUCACGUUUGGAACGGCAAUUGCUGCUUUCUACAUCCCGGUCUCAAUUAUGACAAUCCUCUACUGGAGGAUCUACAAGGAGACGCAAAAACGGACAAAAGACCUUGCAGAGCUUCAAGGACUCACAACUGGGAAUGUCCCAGAGGGGAAUAAACCACAGAAGACAAUGAUUCGGUCUUGUUUUCAUUUCCCUAGAGAGAGAAGAGACCAGAGUCAGGCCUCCUGGUCUUCGUCUACUCAAAGUAACGUUACUAAAAUGACCAGCAGGUCAGGUGAAGCAUGGGUGAAAGCAGAUCAGAUCACUUCUUUCAACAGCUACACAUCAUCAUCAGAGGAGGAGCAUCGGGUUUCAAUAGAAACCCCACAAGGAUCAUUCAAAGAGCAGCAGACGGAACAGAGUAAUAAGAACGGGGAGGUUCCAGAUUAUCCAGAGGAGGAGUAUUGUUCCACUCCUCAGAAGAAGAGCCAUAAAAGCUUAAUUUCUUACAAGUUCAAAGGCAUCUCAAAGGGUAAAAAUGACAAUCCACCGAGUCCAAAACCGUGCCCUCCAGAGCCCGAGCAGCCGGUCAAAAAGCCGUCUACCUCUUCAUCCUCCACUGCUUCUAAGCCCAUAGACUCCGCCAUGAAGAACAGGAUCACCAAGAGGAAGAGGAUGGUGCUUGUGAAGGAGAAAAAGGCAGCCCAAACCCUCAGCGCCAUCCUCCUGGCCUUCAUUCUCACAUGGACGCCGUACAACAUCAUGGUGCUCAUCUCCGCGUUCUGCUCCAAGUGCAUCCCAAUGUCCCUUUGGCACUUGGGCUACUGGCUGUGCUACGUCAACAGCACCGUCAACCCAAUGUGCUACGCUCUGUGCAACAAGACCUUCCGGAAGACCUUCCGCAUGCUCCUGCUCUGCCAGUGGAGGAAGAAGAGGCGAGGCAACAAUAAAAUGAACUGAUGUGGUGGUUAAUGCUUUUUAUCCCCACAUAACGGCAUCUCUUGAUAUUUGCUAGUAUUCAUUUGCAGUGUGGUGGUUUUUGUAUUUAAUAUAUGUUGGUAGAAAAUGAGAAAAAGUCAAAAUGACUGGAAGGAACGUUUACUCAGCAUAUUAAAGUAGAUAAGCACCCUACAAAGAGAAAGAUGUGUAAAAAACUAUAUUUUAUAGCAGUAGCAAACACUGAGAAUUUGCAUUUAGAAUUUCACAAAGUUCAAGAGGAGAAAGAGGAAGAUCUAAUCAGUUUAGUCUCUUAAUUUAGGUCUAGAGGAUGAGGUUGAUUUUGUGUCUCAUGAACAAUUUUUAACCAAUUCUGCCAUGGAAGAUUUGGAUUAUUAAUCUGCUUCUAGACUAUUAACAUUUUUUCUGACAGAGACUACAUGUUUUAGUUUUAAAAAAUCUUGUAAUUUCAAAUAUGUCAUGAUGGCCUGCCUUGCAUCAAGGUAUAAGAAAAACACGCCUCCGCCAUUUUAAAUUGCUGGAGUGCUUACAAGUACAGCACAACUGAUUUGGUCCUAUAGCUAUUUUUACUAUUUUUUAUAUAAAUUCAGAGAUCACUUAAAAUGAUCAGUUUCUCUGAUUUUACUUUUUAUAGUUAUAUGUUUGAGUACAAUGAACAUUGUUCUUUUAUUCUAUGAACUGCUGACAACAUGUCUCCCCUGCUGUAGAGAAAUUCAAGCAAAGAUUUAGUAUUUAUUUGCAGAAAAUGAGAAAUGGUCAAAAUAAUGAAAAAGAUGCAGAGCUUUCAGACCUCAAA